GUGCGCGCGAAUCCCGAGACUUACGGUCUCCGUCCCCGAUUAUGGCUCCUGGUCUAACUAGAGAAAUCAAACAGACAGUCAGCCGGAUAGGUAGAUGGAAAAACCAACAAACAGUUCUAACACGUUACUUUGUAACAAAGUAAUAAUCCUCAAUCCGGUCCAUCAAUUUACUAAGACUAGUUCUCCCUGUCCCCAGGGGAACACUAGCCAGCUGCAGACAAAUGUCUCUACGACACUCACGAAGCACUCUCCUUUCCCUUCUACACCUCAUUUUAUGGUAUUUUUCUUGAGUAUAACUACUUAAGUCAGUACAUAACAACUGUAACGUUCUCACUUUCUCUUCGUAGAACCAAACCCGAAACCUCCAAAACCCAAACCAGGUACGUUUUUGUAUAAUAUGCAACAUUGAAAUUACUCGAUAAUAACUUGUUAGUACGUUAGGAUAUUUUUUCUAAGGACCUUUGAACCCAGAGUUCUGAUUUUUUCUCCAUAGCCGGUGGACCCUUCACCAUAUACUUUUGCUCCUAUUUCACAGCUCAGCCAAUGCUCAUGGGACUUUACCCGUUUGAUCCAAUCAGUAAGGGCCGAGAUAGAAGCCCUAAUAAGGCGCCUAAAGCUGUGUUCAAUAACGUGCGCUUGACGCGAGGGCCGGAUGGUCGACCAAACGCUGCGGUCUAUCUACUUGGCAGUCCAAACAGCUACGUUGAAAUUCCGAAUAACGGCAAGUUACGCACAUCAAACGCGAUCUCCAUGUUUGCUUGGAUCAAGCCCAAAGGAGGAAAUCCUGGUCCCAUUAUUAACUACAACAGAGGACCUGCCUGGGAGACUCAUCUGUGGGUCACAGCCCCCAAAACGCUGUUUGUUCGUUACGUGAAGGUUGGCGGUAUCGUUACUUCUUCAUUGUCCAAAGCAAAGCUGAGACAAAAUGUUUGGAACUUUGUCGGCUCAACGUAUGAUGGAACUUAUGCCACGCUGUGGGUGAAUGCCAAAAAGGUGGCGUCGCGCAAAAUCGGAAGUAUUAAAUUGUCGACAAGUGGACCGAUUAGGAUCGGAGCUAAGGUCGGCGAUCCUCGUUAUUUUAAAGGAGCUGUCGCGUGUGUGCAACUUUAUCGCGUGGCUUUACAGAAGAAGCAAGUGAUAAGGGCAAUGAAAAGAUGUCUCAGACGUGAGUAUUUCUUUAAAUAACUGAAAUGAAGUCAAGUUUAGAAAUAAAGUAGACUGUUAGUAGGAAUGAACUUCCUUGUUCGCAAUUCCAAAAACCGGAGUUGGUCGGCACCCUCCCGAUUGCUGCAUUUGAUUUAAAGAGACUUUCCUUGCAUACGGCUGGCGCGCCUCAAAUUUAAAUUGACCAAUUACGUACUGUCCUGACGUCAAUAUAUAAUAACAGGAAAGGCAUUACAUUCACGGUCAGGCGACGGCAUUGAAUAUCAGUUCACGAAAAAGUGAAAACGCGGCAUGAAACGUUUUGCGUCUCCAAGCUUUUAAAAUGGGUCACCCGUGUACGGCGUUUCGUUCGUAGUUGAGUGUCGUCAGGUUGGAUAAUAGCUGUGUUAUUUUCAACAAAAUAUGUUAUUCCUCGUCAAAUUAAACUCAGAAAAGAGGCCAAAGCAACUUGUCUUUCUUUCUUUCAGAUGCGAAGACCAUUCCUUUCGUUUCGGUAGGACAGCUUGGUUUUGAUUGCCGUUCGUACGGUGGACGCAUUCGCCUUAUGCAAAGCCUUUAACGUAACACGUUUUAAAUUGCUGAUCAAUUUUUAUUCUCUAUUCAGGCCGUCCAGCUGUUACUCCUCGUCCCACUCUCCGGCCGCCUCCACCAACUCAGGCUCCUGCAUGUAAGUAGAAAACGAGGUGUCCCUUCCUUUCUUGCUCAAGAAGAAGCAGUAACCCGUAGGGUUGACUGUCUGCGUUAAGCCCACAAAGUAAUGUUUGUCAUCGAUCACCUAGCCAUUGAACUUGUAUUGCGAUAAGAUAGGUUAACUGACAUGAUGCUACAAGAUGAAAAAUGUAAAACAAACGAGGUCAACCGAUUGGAUGACUAUAAUCUAUGCGAAAAUUUUAAUACUGAGUGAGCAGCCUGGAUAGGUGGACGUGAUUCUGCUGUUUCAGAAUUGAUUAAUCCAGUUAACGUAUACCGUCACGUGGUUGUAAUUUUAGUUAAAAACAAUUAUAGAACACUGAGGCACAUGUGUUGCCCGGCUAGCUCAGUCGGUAGAGCAUGAGACUCUUAAUCUCAGGGUCGUGGGUUCGAGCCCCACGUUGGGCGCACAAGUUUUUACUUGAAUUGAAUGAGAAAUUUUGUCGUUCUCCUUUUGAUUAUGUAGAGAUCAGCGAGAAAUAACUCAGUUUUUUAUCACUUCAUUCUUAUCUAGUUUUAUUUCGUUAUUUUAUCAAGUGCCUCCUACACCCGUGGUUCUGUAUCCAUUAAACAAGCGAUAUAGAGGAAUCGAAAACCUGGGAAGGAAUCCCCCCGCCAUUCUCAACAGAGUACGACUUGUGCCUGGGCCCGACAAACGACCCGGAAGUGCAUACGAAUUGAAAGGAAAACCCGACAGCUACAUUAAGAUCCGGAACAGAGGUCGGCUGGACACUAGUAAAGCCAUGACAGUCCUUAUAUGGGCAUUACCAAAAAACCGCAUGGGACCCAUCGUUCAGUUUGCAGAUAAGGGCGUGGCCGUGCGGUUAUGGAUGAUGCGACGUAACAUGGUGUUUGCCGAGUUUGUUACGAGACAAUCACGCCGGAAACUACCAUAUUUGGCCAGCGUCGACGGAGUGUUACCAUGGAAAUGGAACCACUUUGGAAUGUCCUACGACAAGGCUAGUGGUAAAGCUACUCUGUUCGUUAACAGUAAACCUGUCGUGCGCAAAAAGAUUGGUUAUUUUGAUCUCUCCACCAAUCAUGAUGUGUACUUGGGGGCGAGGCCCGGUGACAAACAAUACUUCCGUGGUCGAGUUUCUUGUUUACAGUUUUUCGACAAAGCCCUCAGCAGCCAUCAGGUCAAGAAAAUGGAAAAGAAAUGUUUCCGAGCUCCAGGUGGUCAACCGUCCAUUCAACCAACAGUAAAGCCUCCAUACAGGCCAAGCACAAAGCGUAAGUAACUAUCCCUGACUUCGAUUCCUAAACUCUUUGAAAAUUAGAAACUGACAUUGCAUCUCAGAGAAAUGUGUGCUUUUCAUGGAGUGUCAACUUAACAGUUCACCUCAAAAUUACUUUAUAUGUUAGUCGUUGCUGCAAAGGCAUACCAGUAAUGUUUGUUUGACCAACAGCUUGUAACAAGGUGGUAGCAGUGUAUCCGCUUAGUGCCCGCGAUGGAGGACGGGAUAUCACCCAGAAUGCUAACCGACCCGCAAGAUUACGCGGCGUUUAUCCCGCUCCAGGUCCCGACGGUCAACCAAGGACUGCAUAUCGCUUCACCGGCAAGCAUAACAGUUUCAUUGAGAUCCCUAACAGAGGUCCUUUGGAUACUAAAUACUCCAUCACAUUAUUGGCCUGGAUUUUCCCACAAGGAAAGCCUGGACCCAUUGCAAACUACCACCCUAACGGUUGGGGAGUGCAUUUCUGGCUAGAGACGCCAAAAACGCUGAUGGUGCGUUUCACCCGACGUGGUAAACGCGGCGGGAGAAGACGACGCUACACGAUGGCUCUGCGAAGCGAGCGGAUAAGACUGAAUCGUUGGCAGUUCGUGAGUUGCAGCUACGACAGAAAAACAGGGAUGGCAAGAUUGUGGAUUAAUAAUUAUCAAGUUGCGCGGAAGAACAUUGGAAGAAUCCGAUUGGCUACCAACUAUCCCAUCAGAAUGGGAGAAAAGAUUGGAGACAGACGCCGAUACUACGGCAGAAUCUCCUGUUUCCAAGUGUUUAACUACGCCUUAACUCGAAGAGAAAUACAAGGGAGACAAAGAACGUGCUUUAAACAGCGUAAGUGAUAUAUGAGGACGUCUGGAUUACGGCAUUUAGCGCAUAAACACAAAUAUACUUAUCUCUGUGACUAACACCAUGCGAAGUAAAAUUGUGGCAGAAACAUUAAUUCAGCAGUAAAUAUAUGAUUUCAGACACUUAAUUUUAUAUUCAAUGACCUGAAUGUAUUUUGUUUUUGCUAAUUGUUACCUACUUAAAGAAUUAUGCCCUAGUCUUAGAAAUGUCUUGCCUGACAAGUGAAGUUUCACGCUAAAGAUUUCGUUUCAAACUAAAAUUCAGCGUGAAGUGUAGCGUAGACUCCACAAGACAGGCCAGUCGUUUUUUUAAACAUCAUUACAUUUUGAAAGGAAAUUUUCGUGUUUCUUUAUCAAUGCUCUCUUCAUCCGUAAACCGUGUCAGCAAUUCCUAAUACCAUGCAUGAUAGACAUAUUACUAUCCACUAAUGACUUGCACAAUAAAACGAUUGAGGAUUUAGUACUUGGCGUAUCCUUGUAAAAAAAAUGUUACCAAAGGAGAAUUUAUAAUCUAUUUUAACUUUUUCUUUUAAUCCUUAAACAUACAGCAAAAGGUCCUCUUCGACCACGCCCA